AUGUCGUCGUCGUCGUCGUCGUCGUCGCUGUUCGAGCGGGAGCUGUGGCGGCGGGACGGCGACGGCGCCUUUCGGCUGGCGCAGCGCUCGGCCGGCGGGACGGGCUCGGUGGUGUGGGACGCCGCCCUGGUCCUGGCCCGCUUCCUCGAGAAGAGCGCGGCGCAGGCGGGCGGCGGGGCUCCGCCGCGGGGCCUCCGCCUCCGCCACAAGGCCGUGCUCGAGCUGGGCGCCGGCACCGGCCUCGUGGGCCUCAUGGCCGCCAGCCUCGGGGCAAACGUUACCGUUACGGAUCUUGAGGAAGUCCAGGACUUGCUGAAAAUGAACAUUGAGACUAAUCGGCAUCUUAUCACAGGUUCCAUUCGAGCCAAGGUACUGAAAUGGGGAAAAGAAGUAACAGACUUCCUUCCUGCACCUGAUUACAUACUGAUGGCAGACUGCAUCUACUAUGAGGAGUCUCUGGAGCCGUUGCUCAAGACCCUGAAGGACCUGGCCGGACCAGAUACCUCCAUCCUUUGCUGCUAUGAAGAACGGACAAUGGGGAAAAACCCAGAAGUGGAGAAAAGAUACUUCGAGCUUCUUCAGAGGGACUUUGAGAUGGAAAAGGUCCCCCUGGAUGAGCACGACGAGGAGUACCGGAGUGAGGACAUUCACAUCUUUAUUAUCCGGAAGAAGCAAAGGCAUUUCCCGUCAUGACGUCUUUGAUACUGUUUUCUGACGGGGAGAGUUCUGAAGGAAAGACAUGGAAGCUUUAAGAAGCAACUACGAGUUCCUCACAGGUCCUCCGUAGAAUGUCUCUACGGCAAAAGCGGUCCAACAAUCAUCCUGCUAAGUUGACACAUGCAGUGAGUUUCCUUCAGAGAGCUAUAAACACAAACGCAAAGGCCUCGGGUUAUCUGUCAGCAUGGAAAUCGGCUACAAAAGAAAGGCAGACUUGUAAAUCAACUGAAUGUGUAGAUAUGUAAUGCAGAAAGCUAGAUGGGUGAUUUAGCACAUGUAUUUAUGCGCACUGCCCAGCCUCUCUUGGGUAAUGAUGUGUUUCCUUAGUAACAAUUUAUUAGAAAUUUUAUUAAAAGAUACAAUGCUUUAUUA